GUUACUGUAAACUUUAUUGCGUUUAAAAAAAUAUUUUUGUCGUAUUUUGCAUCCUAAACUAUAUCGCGGAGUGAAGCACAGUGUAGUAUAAACAAGUGGUAUUGUUAUCUAAUCACGAUUCGUCCAAGUUAACAACGAAUGUGCUUGUAAUAUGUGUGAAAGUUUUUUUUGUCAUACCUUAUAACUUCGGCAUAAUUUUGAGCUCGGCAACAGUGAUAUUAAACCCAAUGAUUACAUUCUAAAGUUUUCUAAAACCAUUAUUUUAGUGGCUUAGUGGCUUAAGGAUAAAAAUAUUCAACUAUAUUUUCAACAACUUAAAACAUUUUGUUUUAAUAUAAGUGGCGCCAUCUAUGGACUACAAUGCCAAAGUGCCGUUCGUGUGGCAAAUACGCGGCAAAUGCGGACUGUAUUCGCUGUUCCAAAUGUUCAAAUGCUUACCACCGCGCCUGCAGCGCAGUGCCUGUUGGGCGUAGCCCAAUAGGGUUUACGUGCCAGGGCUGCAAAGCUAAGCCUGCUGACAACGUCUCGUCAGAAAGUUCAAGCCCUGGUGACGACACAAUGGCCCCUGGUAAGGGUGAGCCUGAUCAUACCCGUAUGCUUUACGAACUCAUCCAAGAGGUGAAGGGACUUAGAAGCGACCUCAAGGAUACAAGAAGUGAGAUACAGCAAUUUAAGGCAGAUUUGCAGGCAUGCUGCGGCCGGAUAACUUUAGUCGAACAAAGAGUUAUCGAAGUCGAGAAAAAAAUCGACACAAAAUCAUCCGACAACGUCCACCUUGAAAAUAUGAUAGCGGACCUGAAAGUACAACUAGACGAACGUGAUCAAGAGUUGUUGCUAAAUGACGUGGAAAUAGCGGGACUGCCAGAGGAGAGAAGCGAGAACGCACUCCAUCUUGCCAGCGUUGUGGCCGUAAAGUUGGGGCUGACGCUGGAGGAGCGUGAUAUCGUGCACGCGGAACGACGGGGCGCCGUGCGGCGCAACCGCAGCGACGGGGAGGGUGCGCCGCAGCAACCGCGACCGUUGGUCGUGCGACUGGCGCGUCGCGCUCAGCGCGACGCCAUGCUACGCGCAGCGCGUGUCCGUCGCGGCCUCUCCACGUCCGACAUGAACCUGCCUGGGGCGUCGAGGAAGGUUUACGUCAAUGAACGCCUCACACGGAACAACCGGCAGCUGUUUGGUAAGGCGCGAGAAGCGGCUUCCCGUGUACAAUGGAAGUACGUGUGGACGAAAGGUGGACUGGUAUUUACAAGGAAGGAUGACGGUAAGGCUGUUGAGCGUAUUCGUACUGAACAAGAUAUAAAUAAAAUUUUUGUUUAAUGAUUGGUUGGGCUACACGCAACGCUAGAAUAAAUUCUAUCUGUAUACUUUAUAUCUAUUAUGUAUUACUUCAUUUUCAUUACAAAUAUACUAACUUGGAUUUUAUCACAAGUCAAAUCGAGUGCGGU